CUCGACUCGUGGCUUGAGCGGAGUGUCGUUUCUGUUUACAAAAAUGCCUCAUAUGAAAAAUUGUUUCGGCACAUAUAGAUUAUAUUGAAUUAAUUUUAUUGGAUGAAUUACUUUCACACGAUCUGGCAGGAUGAAGCAGUGCAUCCGUCGCAUGAACAGCAACUAAAUCUACUUCGAGAAUCCCAGCUGAAAUGCAUUCUGUCUAUUAACCAGACAACAUAUCCUCUUAACGGUAUAUUUUGUCCUCAAAUAUGGGAUGGAGCAUACUGCUGGCCGUUCGCAUCAGCCGGCUCUUUAAUCACCCGACCAUGUCCUGACUAUAUAGUUGGAUUCAAUCCAAAUGAAACAGCCAGCAAAUUUUGCGCUGAAGAUGGCACAUGGUGGCGGCAUCCAAUUCUAAAUCAGUCUUGGACGAAUUACACUCUUUGUGAAGACAGGCAUCAAGAUCCUUCAGUAUUUUCUGUGCACAUACCAGUCAUAAGAGCUAUAUCUCAAGUGGGUUAUUCCAUAUCAUUAACUCUCCUUCUGAUUGCCUGUUUGGUUCUCGGUAGCAUAAAGAGGCUACGAUGUCCACGCAACAAUUUGCAUCUCCAACUGUUUUUGUCUUUCAUUCUACGAGCAUCUGUGACACUACUGAGAGAUUUAGCGAGCAAGAAUGGGUUGAAAGAAGGAAACUUGUGCAAGACGCUGACAAGUGUAUGGCAGUAUUGUCUAAUGGCAAAUUACUGUUGGAUUUUAAUGGAAGGUCUUUACCUCCACAAUUUAGUAUUUCUGUCCAUGUUCACUGACGCAACUGGAAUACUCAAAUAUGGAAUAUUAGGAUGGGGCCUUCCAGUUAUAUUUCUAAUUCCUUGGGUAAUUGUUAGAGCUACUCUGGACGACGAUGCGUGCUGGACUGUCAACGAAAACUAUCAUUAUUACUGGAUCAUUAGAGGACCCAUUACCGUUUCAAUUGUUUUAAAUCUGUUCUUUUUCAUCAACAUUACUCGUGUGCUGUUCCUGAAGAUGUUCUCCUCACAAGCAAUACAGAGUCGCAGAUACAGAUACAGAAAAUGGUUCAAAUCAACACUGGUACUAGUUCCACUGUUCGGAGUCCAUUACGCUCUUCUGCUUAGUGUCAGCCUGGCAGCAGUUCACAGCGAAACACUGGAAGUCGCAUGGCUCUACAUUGACGUCACAUUCUCCUCAUUCCAGGGGUCCUUUGUCGCUCUGCUGUAUUGCUUUCUAAACGGAGAAGUUCAAAGUGAAGUUCGCAAAGGUAUUGAAAGAUUUCGUGAGAAGGAUGGGCAAAACCCUCAGCAUUCAUUGAUAACACAGUCACUGACAUAUCUUAGUAAAGGACGCUCAUCUGUGCAGUCUUUGCACACUAUGCCAGGUAAUUACAAAAGAAAAAGAAAAGAAAACUGGAAAAAUGGCGAUGUUCUACUUGCUGCCCCUGGAACCAUCAACGAAAAAGUUGAAAAGGAAGACUGGGGAACAGCUGUCUCUCACAACAACCAAGCGGAAAGUCUUCUAUAAGCGAGGUUAUAUUAAAUGUAUAUAUGCAAUGGAAUAUUUGCGAAUCCUAACUGUGACGAUAAAGCUUGCACACAAGCUUUGCCGGAAUUUAUGCGCAUGUAUGUCUACAGUACGUGUGAGACUUUUCUCUGAAUGUACAGUGGUUAUUUCGGUUUUUGUGAAUAGAUAAAUGUGCAGGAAUACUACCAUUUUAUUUGUACGCAUGAGUAUUACGAACUGUUGAAAAAUCAACAGGUUUAUAAAUAUCGAGAUUUUUUGUAAGAUUUUGAUCAUUAAUGGUAGCAUUUCCGUGCGAUAAAUAUUGUAUUUAUCAUUUUGUUUGUAAGUAAAUUGCAUUCUUCAUAACAGUUCUAAAA